CCUUUGCUCUACCGCAACUCCCUCUCCUUCAACUGCCACCGCGGCUCUCUACUUCUGUAACCCUGCUAGAUACCCCCUCUUUGACUCUUCGACCCGCCCUCCUGCAAUCAUGGACAUCAACCAGGUGUUGGAGGGGACCUAUUCGCCCGACGCCAGCAUUCGUAACAGCGCCGAGCAGCAGCUCAUACAGGCCGCCGACUCCAACUUCCCACAAUACCUCACCGUCCUCGGCGGCGAACUCGCAAAUGAACAAGCCCAACCGCAAAUCCGGCAGGCCGCUGCCCUCGCCCUGAAGAAUGCCUUUACCGCACGCGAGUACACCCGGUUACGUCAGGUCCAGGAACGAUGGCUCAACCUGGACAACCAGAUCAAGCAGGACGUCAAGGCCAUGGCGCUCCGCACCCUGAGCACACCUAGCAAGGGCGUCGGCUCUACAGCUGCUCAGUUCAUCGCCUCGGUCGCAGCCAUCGAGUUACCCCGCAGCCAAUGGCCCGAACUCAUGCCCACCCUCGUCGAGAAUGUGGGACAAGGCAGCGAUAGCCAGAAGCAAGCCUCGCUCACCACGAUUGGAUUCGUAUGUGACACUGAUGACAUGGAGCUGAGGGAAGCGCUGGCACACCACUCCAAUGCCAUCUUGACGGCCGUCGUCCAGGGCGCCCGCAAGGAAGAGACCAACAACGAUGUCCGCGUGGCAGCCAUCAACGCCCUCAGCGACUCGAUCGAAUUCGUGCGGUCCAAUUUCGACAAUGAAGGCGAGCGCAACUACAUAAUGCAGGUCAUUUGCGAGGCCACACAAGCCGAUGAUAGUCGCAUCCAGCAAGGGUCAUAUGGAUGCUUGAACCGCAUAAUGGGCCUCUACUACGACAAGAUGCGCUUCUACAUGGAGAAGGCGCUAUUUGGCCUUACCAUCCAAGGCAUGAAGAGCGACGAAGAGGACGUUGCCAAGCUUGCUGUCGAGUUUUGGUGCACCGUCUGCGAAGAGGAAAUUGCGAUUGAAGACGACAACACACAGGCACAAGCUGAGGGCUCAACUGAGCUUAGGGAGUACUUCAACUUUGCUCGAGUUGCCACGCAGGAGGUUGUCCCAGUACUGCUCGAGCUUCUCGCGAAGCAGGAUGAGGAUGCCGACGACAACGAGUACAACACCUCGCGUGCCGCAUACCAGUGUUUGCAGUUGUGGGCACAAUGUGUCGGCAGCGGCGUCAUGCCCCCGGUCCUUGCUUUUAUCGAGAAGUUCAUUCGCUCAGAUGACUGGCACUACCGAGAUGCGUCCGUUUCAGCCUUCGGUGCCAUCAUGGAAGGACCUGAAGAGUCCGUCCUGGACCCAAUCGUCAAACAAGCCCUGCCUACGCUCAUUGGCAUGAUGGACGACCAGAACAUCCACGUAAAGGACUCUGCAGCCUACGCCCUCGGUCGCAUCUGUGAGGCUGUUCCCAGCGCCCUGGAUGCACAGCAACAUCUUCCUCCUUUGAUCGGAUCUCUUUUCAAUGGCUUGGCUAGCAGUCCCAGAAUGGCAGCGUCGUGCUGCUGGUCGCUGAUGAACCUCGCCGAUAGAUUCGCGGGAGAGCCAGGAUGCCAGACCAACCCACUGUCGCCGCACUUCGCGCAAAGCGUGCAGCAUCUUUUGACCGUCACCGAGCGGGGCGAUGCCGACAACCAGCUGAGAACCGCAGCCUACGAGGUGCUCAAUUCCUUCGUGAACAACGCCGCUGGUGACAGCGUUCCGCUGGUCAUCGAACUGUCAACCGUCAUCCUCGAGCGCUUGCAAAAGUCUAUUGCUCUUCAGCAACAAAUUGUCAAUGUUGAGGAUAAGCUCACCCUUGAAGAAAUGCAGACCAGCUUGGCCAGCGUUGUCAUGGCCAUCAUCCAAAGAUUGGAAGGCGAUGUUAGGCCACAGGCAGACCGCAUCAUGGAGAUUUUGCUCAGCCUGCUGUCGUCCCUACCUCCCAAGUCGAGUGUUCCGGAUACCGUCUUUGCCGCCAUUGGAUCGAUCGCUACCGCUUUGGAGGACGAUUUCCAAAAGUACAUGGAGGCUUUCUCGCCCUUCUUGCACAAUGCCCUCAACAACCAAGAAGAGCCUGCUCUCUGCUCCAUGGCCAUUGGACUGGUGGCUGACAUUACUCGAUCCCUAGGCGAGAAUGUCCAACCCUACUGUGACGCAUACAUGAAUGCUCUUCUCACCAACCUUCGAAGCCCUGCCCUUGGCAACCAACUCAAGCCAGCCAUCUUGCAGUGCUUCGGUGAUAUUGCGCACGCGAUUCAUGGCGCUUUCGAGACCUAUCUUCCUGUCGUAGCCCAGGUGCUUCAACAGGCUGGUCAGGUCACUUUGACAACCGAGGGCAACUACGAGAUGAUUGACUAUAUUACUUCGUUGCGAGAGGGUAUUAUGGAUGCAUGGGAUGGUUGCAUCGUUGCCAUGAAGAGCAGUAACAAAACCCAACUCAUCGUUCCAUAUCUCGAUUCGAUCUUCGAUCUUCUUCGCACCAUCCAGCAGGAUAGCAACCGCACUGAAGCCCUUCUUCGAUCUUCGUGCGGUGUCAUUGGUGACCUCGCCGAUGCUUUCCCGAAGGGCGACUUCAGGGAAUAUUUCCGACACGACUUCCUCACGGUAAUGGCACGCGAGACGCGUGCAAAUGCCGACUUUAGCAGCCGAACUCGCGACACCGCUCGAUGGGCACGCGAGCAGAUCAAGCGCCAAAUCGGCGGCAAUCAAGGCGUAAUGGCUUGAUUGUCUAUCACCUCCCAUCCCCAACCCUGUGGAUUGAGCUGUAGUCUGGUCACUGGUUGGAUAACCUCCUCUCAGGGGGUAUUAUCUAACAUGUGACUAAACUAUUGAAUAUAGCUC